GGGUGACCAGUGCUGUCUGGUCACCCUAAGUUAAUGGCUCUUCGCCAGGCCCUGCCCGUGUGAAUGGAAACCUCUGAGACCAGUUCUGCCUGGAUACUGCCAGCAAGUUCCCUUCCCGCAUUCUGAUUGGCCGGCUGGGCUUGUGAUUGGCAACACUUGGGAAAGUGAAAGUGACAAGGGGGGGUGCAGAUUCCCGGGGCUGGAGCUGGGGGGUUUGUUCCUCUUCAGAGUGGGGGAAACCCCUGACCCAGCACAGGAGCCAUGGCCCUGGGUGUCGCCCUGGGGCUGUGCUGGGGGCAGGCAGGGGCAGAUGGGCACCACAGCCUGGCCGUCCUCGUCACAGCCGUCAUCAACGAAGAUGGGACCAAUCACUUCAUCAUGAUCGCCCGGCUGGAUGAUGUUAAGAUCGCGCACUACAGCAACGACACGCGAGAGGUCAGACCCACCCAGGAGUGGCCAGAACAGGCCCUGGGCACUGAGUAUCUCCAGGAAAAGACCCAGGAAUUCUGGCUGCACGAGGAGGUCUCCAAAGGAGGUAUCAGGUGGUGGAUGCAGCUGCACAACCAGACGGGUGGGUUUCACACUGGACAGGUUCACGUGACCUGUGCCCUGAGCAACCAGGUCCCCAUGGACCCGAGGUUCCAGUUCGCCUACGACGGGAGGGACUUCAUCAGCUUUGAUGCCCAGACGAGGACGUGGGUCGCAGCCGUGCAGCCGGCCUUCCUCCAGAAGCAGAGCUGGGAGACGGGCAAGACCUGGACUCAGUACGUCCAGCAUUUCCUGCAGUACGAGUGUCUGGGGACCCUGCGGAGCCUCGUGCAGCGGGGGAGUGGAGUCCUGCGGCAGCAGGCACCCCCCACGGUCUCAGUUUCCCGCAGAGACGCCCCAGACAGCUCCAUCACCCUCUCCUGCCGCGCCAGGGGCUUUUACCCACGUCCCAUCCAUGUCUCCUGGGUGCGGGACGGAGAAGACAUCGUGCCGGAGAAGUACUCCAGCGGGAUUCUGCCCAACACCGACGGCACCUACUACACGCAGUCGUCCCUGGAGAUCUCCCCGCAGCAGGACGGGCACCGCUACGCCUGCCGAGUGGAGCACAGCAGCCUGCCAGAGCCCACGCUCGUCUGGGCCCCUGGGAAGAAGGGCCCCCUGCACCCUGGGGUCCUCGCCACCAUCGUCCUGGCCGUGCUGGUUCUGGCUGGUGGAGCCGUAGGGGCCGGCGUCAUCCUGUGGAGGAGAAAAUCAGCAGGCCCCAUGAAUCCCGGCUACGCUCUGGCUGCCAGUGAGUAAAUCCAGGGUACGGGGCCCAGCGCCCCAGUGCAUUAUGGGUGCAGGGGGUCUCCAUGAGGGGAGAAGGGAUGCGGGCACUGAUGGGGCUGGGCUGCGUGAGUCCCAGGGUCACUCCAGUGGCCUGUUGCAGGACAGACCAGCCGUCCGAGAGCUUCCGAGUGUGAGGGAAAAGCCGGAGCCCGGCGGUGUCUGUCGGGGGCGGGUACGACCGGGGUCACGCGCUGCGUUUGGGGUUCGAACCUGUAGUGAGUCGGUGUGGCUCCCUUCCUGCCCAGAAGAGGGAGCCCACGUGCAGGCACCAGAGUGGGUGGGACCACCACCGCCUGUCCCCGCCCCCCGGAAGUCAAGGGGCGGGAC